ACUCAGCGAAGAGUGACAAGAAUGUUGUGUUGUUCCAGUUGACAUUACAAUAACCACAAAAUGGAUCCUUUGAGCUACAGGGACUGCAUGGCUUGGAGAGCUGAGGGGCUUCCAUUGUCCACCAGCAGUAAUGAGGCGUGCAAACUUUAUGAUGCUAUUCUAACUCAGUAUGCUACGUGGCGGAAUAUUGACAGUAUUGGAGGAAUUGAGGGAUGCGUGACUGCUAUCAAGGCGGCUGAUCCGGAUUUUGUGAUGGGCCAUGUGGCGAGCACAGGCUUAGAGCUGUUGGGAACAGCAAACUCCCCCCGCCUCGACCAACGUCUGGCCAGCGCUGUGAAGGAAACUGUGGAGCUGGCCAACAAUCAAAACCUCACUUCCAGAGAGAGGCGCCACGUUAAGGCCAUGGAGUGCUUCUCACAUGGGAAUUUCCCCAAAGCCAGUUGUGUUUGGGAAGAUAUCCUGGUUGAUCAUCCCACAGACUUGCUUGCCCUCAAGUUUGCCCACGAUAGCUAUUUCUACAUGGGAGCCCAAACCCAGAUGAGGGAUUCGGUUGCUCGAGUGCUGCCCCAUUGGAAGCCUCAUAUGCCUUUGUCCAGCUAUCUGAAAGGACUGUAUUCUUUUGGUCUGCUGGAGACGCGAUGCUAUGACCAGGCCGAGAAAGUAGCUAUGGAGGGCCUCGCACUGGUUCCAGAUGAUGCGUGGUCCGUCCACUCUGUCGCCCAUGUCUACGAGAUGAAAGCGGAGGUGGACAAAGGGUUGAAGUUUAUGGAAGAGAGGGAGAAAGACUGGAAGGUAUCAGACAUGCUGGCCGGUCACAACUAUUGGCACUGGGCGCUGAACUUCAUUGAGAAGGGGCAAUAUGAAGCUGCGCUGCAAAUAUUCGAUUCUCAGAUUUUCAAUCGUUGUAAAGCGACGGGUUCCAUGUUGGACAUGGUAGAUGCCAGCUCCCUGCUCAGCAGACUGGAGAUGGAAGGUGUGUUUGUGAAGGACCGCUAUCGGGAGCUGCUCCAGGUAACGCUGCCGCACACCGAUGACCACGUGACCCUGUUUAAUGACCUCCACUUCCUCAUGGUGUCUGUGGGAGCGAGAGAGACCGGUGCCUCCCAGCGCCUGCUGGAAGGCCUCCAGGAAUUGGCUAAGACACCAGGUGACAACCAGCAACAUCAGCUGGCUGGAACCAUUGGGGUGCCCAUGUGUCAGGCUUUGAUGGAAUAUGGCGAAGGAAACUAUCCUCAAACUGUGGAGUUGCUUUACCCUUUGCGCUACAGUAUGGUGCCCAUAGGGGGCAGCGAUGCACAGAGAGACGUCUUCAAUCAACUGCUUAUUCAUGCAGCCUUGAAAUCGGAGAAUAAGCACCACCAGAGACUGGGAAGAUGUCUUCUGGUGGAGCGUGAAGCAGCGAGGCCAAACUCCCCUCUGACUGAUCGUCUGAUGCAGAGAGCCAUGGCCCUUCACCACUAGACUGAUUGCAGGGUGCACACGGCCCCAACCUGAUGUUCCCAUGUUUGAUUUCGGGACACGCUCCCACCAACUGUUGAAGGGGAUUACUUUUUUAGGAGCUAAAUUUUUCCUGGGCAGCUACGUGUGCUGACAUUACGUUAUUGCUGAAAACAAAUAUUGCUUCUCAACUACUCUUGCUGGCUAAAAUGCUCUUUUACUUACAAUUCUGUAAGUCAGACAAACACUGAUUGCUUUUUAGGCAUAUUUUCCUUAUACACAUUUAUUUUGCAAUCAAAUCACUACUCUGUAUUUUUUUUUUUUUUAAAAACAAGAAAAACAACGCCAUCUGCUGGUUCUUGUGUCCUCUUAAUGUAGAUCUUAACCCAAACCCUCAGUUUAUGCUCUCUCUGAAACAAACCGUUUUCGUUCGCCCUUGUCCUUUUAAGGUGCCCCUCCAAAAUGCCAAUGUUGUUUUUUUUUUGCGUGUGUUUUUGUUGUUGUUUGUUUUUCCUCAACUGGGCAAUUUCAGGAAGGAUGCUGAGGAUUGAGUGUUGCCUGCUGCACCUGCAUAAAAUGACCAGAUAACAAAAUCUGUCACUCAACAAGGCACAAAUGAGAAUAUGUGUAUAUAUAUAUAUAUAUAUAUCAUAGAAAAUACAGAAAAAUAUGAAUGUAUGUAUUUCACGUUAUUUAGCAAAGUGCUUAAUUUGAAAUACUAUAAUAGGUACACGAGCACAAUCCAGUAAUGUCUAAUGAAAUAGUUGUUUCAAAUUCUCAAAAAUACACCUCAAAUUUGCGAUUGACGUCUCAGCUAUAUUUUGAAUGUUAUGUUUUAUGUAUUACUCUACAUCACAAUUAAAUGGCUCCCACUUAUAAACUGGUUGCUCACAUUGAGAAGAACAAGACAUAAGAUACAGCAGUAACACUUAGAGCAGUGAAAACCCCCUUGUGAGUGCAUUUUGAGUCAAGCAGCACCACAAUUGCCAUUUUUACUCCCCUUGCAUUCUUCUUUUGCUUACUUAGUCUUUGUUCGCUGGUGCUCACGACACGGAGGUAAUCUCUUCUUGGAUCUGAGAGAUCAGGAUCUGGGACAGCACAAUGCCUGCAAUCUAGAGGACAGCAGCACCCGAAUUAGGUUAGUACUCAACAGGCUCUUGUAAAUUGUGCUGCUUGUGCCAACUCCGCCAAGGUGGGUUGUCCCAAUGCUCAUUUGGCAGAAGAGUGAAAUUGUUCAAAAUAAUUCUAGUAUAGCCGAGUAUAUUAAAACUCACAACACAUUUGUCACCACCACCAUGACAUUAUCUUUCUUUCAGUGUUUUGCUAUGAUUGGUCAAACGUGACCAU